GUAGGUGGCGGAAUGAGAUUCGUGUUCAUGUUGCUCCUAGAUAUGAAGACGCGCCUGGGCAGCUGAUGCGGUCUCCCCUGACCUGUCUUUAUUGUAUGUCUAACUCCAUAGGCUAACUAUCAUGGGCAGUUUUUGCAUGUAUUUUUGGAUGGUAACAAGAGGACAAACCCGGACUCUCUGAAGACGCCUGAGAUAGACGUGAAAAGUCAUGGAUUUCCCGGGGCACUUUGAGCAGAUCUUCCAGCAGUUGAACUACCAGCGGCUGCAUGGACAGCUGUGUGACUGUGUGAUCAUGGUAGGCAGCCGUCAUUUCAAGGCCCACCGCGCUGUGCUUUCCGCCUGCAGUACGCAUUUCCGAGCCCUGUUCACUGCUGCCGAGGGAGACGCCAGCACGAGGAUGAUCCACCUGGACUCAGAGGUGGUGACGGCUGAAGCAUUUGCUGCUCUCAUGGACAUGAUGUACACAUCCACGCUGAUGCUAGGAGAGAGUAACGUUAUGGAUGUCUUGUUGGCUGCUUCUCAUCUGCAUCUAAAUGCUGUGGUGAAAGCCUGUAAGCACUACCUUACGACUCGCACUCUGCCCAUGUCUCCUCCGGCAGACCGUGGUGGUCAGCAUCACGCUGAGCAGCAACAAGCAGCAGCGGCUGCAAACUCUCAUCUCCAGCGCUCAUUUCUGCUGCAACAGCUCGGUUUGAGCUUGGUCAGUUCUGCCCUGAGUGGGGCUGAAGAUGGGGGAACAGGGACCGGGAGGAGAACGGGUUCAGGGUGCGGUAGCGGGUUAGUGGAUCAGCAUGGUUCUCACCCGACACGCCGCUUCCUGAAGCGCAAACAGCCCUUGUCUAUGAUCGCUCCGGAGCGAGGGAGGCCGCGCCUCUCCUCACAGAUGGAGGGGAUUGUGGGGGAAUCGGAGGGCCGAGAGGGUGGAGAGGAGCUUCUGUCUCCAGAUUCCCACAGUAAGAUGGUGGAUGAGGUCAUUGCUGGGGUCAUUCCGGGGGAUGAUGGAGGUUUACUAGAGCAAGAUGAGUACCGAAGGGGACUGACCCAUGAAGACAUGCAACUUCCCAGUCAGUCAGAUGGAGGCAGGGGAGCAGGACCGGAAAAAACGUUGCUGUUGCCGCAUAAAGAGGAGUACCCUGAUGCGAGCCAUCACCAUAGCGAGGGGAUAAAGAUAAAGACUGGAGGUGAGGAAGAAGAGGAGCAGCAGCAGCACAUGCAGGUUGUGGUGAAGAGUGAGCCACUGAGUUCUCCCGAGGCUGUCGAUGAGACUAGCGAUGUUACCUCUCAGGCAGAAGGGAGUGACCAGGUGGAGCCAGUUGGAGAAAAGCUGGAGCUGAGUCCAGAGGGCAGCGAGCGCAGCUUCUCCGAUCCCCAGCCCAGCUCUGAGCUAUUGAUUAAAGGGAACAAGGGAUUAGGAGCAGCGGAAGACAGAGGAAGAGGAGAGGACCUCUCCUGCAGUGAUGCUCUGGAGCCCUCUUCCGGAUUGCAUAUCUCCAGUUUCCUCAGCACAAAGGCCUUUGCUGGCAGAGGGCCAUCAUCCAACCUCGCCCAUAGUGUUGAUAAUGUUCCCAACACUACAACCGGAGAGUUUCAAGCAGACCACGAUUCUGCUCGCUUCUUCCUCCCUACUGAUUCCAUCAACACUGCAUCUUCCUCUCUGCACCUUCUUCCAGGCGAGUCGCAGGUCUGCUCUGACUUGCAGCCAGAGUCCCUCCUUCUACGGCCACUGCAUGAUGGAAUAGCAUCAUCCUCUUUGUUAACGCCGUCACGUGGUGGAUCGGUGGACCAGCUUGCGCUCGAGUUCCAGCGCAACAUUUUGGGAUUACAGACGUUCUCUCGUUCAUCCAGGGGUGGCGCUGCAGGGUGCCACUCAUACCGGCGCAUCGCUCCCAAAGUUCCGCCAGGGGGUGCUUCAACGCUUACAGAUGGCCCUCAGCAACUUGACGUUGCUUCCUCGUCCUCAUCCUCCUCAAUGCUUCUUAAUGGAGUAAACUUUGAGGGUUCUGUCAAUGUGGGUCAAAACGGUGGCAGCUCCAACUUGAACCCUCUACCCCAGUUGACAAGAGCCUCUGCAGAUGUUCUGUCAAAGUGUAAAAAGGCACUAUCCGAGCACAACGUGCUAGUGGUGGAAGGCGCCAGGAAGUAUGCCUGCAAGAUCUGCUGUAAGACGUUCCUCACUCUGACAGACUGUAAGAAACACAUCAGAGUUCAUACGGGAGAGCGCCCAUAUGCCUGUCUGAAAUGUGGCAAACGCUUUAGUCAGUCUAGUCACUUGUACAAGCACUCAAAAACAACCUGCUUACGAUGGCAGAACAGUGAUAUGUCUAAUGCCCUGCUCUAAUUCAUCACAUUCGCAGUCACUCCAAAGAUGCCAUACAAGGAUGACUGGUUGCCACCAGUCAGUUUCUCUUUUGUGUGGGCAGACCUGUACACCAUAAUCUCACAUCCACCAUUACAGUAGCUCUAGUAACUUUUUUAAGUGUUUCAACACUGUUGUAUGUUGUUAACAUGCUUCCAAUUAACAUGCCGUUGAUGGUACAAAUUAAAUGGAUAGCUCACCCAAAAAUCAAAACUAACCUGACUUACUUACUUCUGCAGAACACAGAUUUAAAAAAAAAAAAAAAAAAAAAAAGUGUGUAUGAGUGUUUUUCUUUUUGGUCCAUACAGUAAACAUCAGUUUUAAUAUUAUGGACAAAUACAGUUGAAUCGUUUUUCAAAAUAUCAUCUUUUGUGUUCAGCUGAAGAAAGAAAUUCAUACAGGUUUGGAACAACAUGAGAAUUUUCAUUUUUGUGUGUACUAUCCCGUUAGGUUCACUGUGAAUUUUUUUUUUUUUUAAAAGAAUGGUAAUGGAGAGGUCUGCUCUAAGCAUUGCAAGCAGAUGUCAGACAGAACCUUAGUAGCUGAAUCCUGGAUCAUGAUGAUCAGAAGCUUUGAGUUUCAGUCCCUCUAUGGAAGUUAUUGUUGUAUUGUCAGCUGUGUAUUGUUGAAGUAUUUUUGCUUCUGUUUACCAUUAGGCCAGUGGUUCUCAACCAGGGAGCCGGGGUGAAUUUGCAAACUUCCGGGAAACCCUUAAAAUGAUUGAAAUUGAGUUAUAUUAACAAUCGUGAUACUUAGAUACUUAGAAUAAAGAUGUACAACAUUAAACUUUAAUUUUUUACUUUAUUAGUAUAGAAGUACAUGUCAGCUUAAAUAGGUGGGCCUUCAAAAAUUGUCUAAAAAGAUGAGAACCACUGCUUCAAGCGGUGUUCCAAAACCAAGCGAGCUGCCUGGCUGUCCACUGUCUUCUAAGGCAGCAUCCUAACUGAAAUGGAACCUCACAUUGGGACAUAGACAGUUGCUUUGUGCGCCACACAUAACGACUAACGUUUCAGAGCUCCAAAGGCAGGAAUGAGCAGCUCCAGUCCUUGAGGGCCACUAGCCAGUUUAGCUCUAUCCCUAAUCAAACACCCCUGCCUGUAAUUUUCUUGUAAUCCCGAAGACUUUCAGGACCGGAGUUGCCCAUCCUUGCACUAAAGUGAAAUGGUGAUGGGAGGAAAAAAUAUUUAAGUGCUGCUUACAUUCACACGUGAAACUUUUUUUUGCCCCUGCAAAAAAAAAAAAAAAAAAAAAAUGUUGCAUUUUCGCACAAAACGUUUGGAUUCUCUUGCAAAAAUGUGGUGUUCUUGCAAAAGUUUUCAUUUCAUUCCCCUGAGAAACUUUGCAUUUACUUGCAAACUUAUAUUUCAAUGCAUUUGUGUCCGCUAAUGCAAAGUUUCUCAGGCAAACAGAAACUUUUUGCGAGAGAAUGCAAAGUUUCUUGGAGGAACGCAAAAGUUUUUGUGAGCUAACACGAAAGCACUGAAAUAUAAUUUUUCCUCCUAUUUAAUUUUCCCCUAUUACCAUGUCCCUUUAGGGGCUGUGUAUAACUUAAAGUCCACUGGAGUCAACUUUUGAUGUAAAGUCCUCUUUUAAGUUAGAAGACCCUUUAAAAGUCAGUUCACUCAGCAGCUAUAUUUGGCAGCUAUUUUCCUAGAUCAAGUCCUGUCAACUUGAUGUCCCCUCACAUUUAAAUAAUUCAUAUGUUUUACAGAAUCUGUCCAAAUGUUGUUUCUUAUGCUAAAAUAGCGCUAAAAAGUUUCAAAAAAGAUUUCAGGUUGGUACCAGUGCGCAUGGUCUAUUCUAAGCCGAUUGCCGACUGGGUCUUUUAUUUAGAAGGAUGGGACUUAUUCCAUCAUAUUUUGCAUUGCACUUUCUCUCGUUCAUAGUAAUAUGAGUACAUCAUCUUGGUUUGAUGUUAGAAUGUUGCUAAAUAGCAUUUUUUUUUAAAUAUAUUUUAAUCAGUAUUUUUUCAGUAUAUCUAUAAUCACGCAUCUGUUUUGGAUGCAUUUUCUUCCAGUGAGCUUGGCGCAAUGCAUUCUGGUAUUGCCUUUGUCGUGCAGGAUUCAUGUGAUUCUGCUUUAGAAUUUGGGCAGAAUCAUCAGCCUUCACAUUAAGAAACUGCCUUAAAAAACUGUCUAGGUUGUAAGCUUGCAAGGUUUUGGAACACCGCUGAUAUGUAGCAAAUGGUUUAAUAGAUGAGUAGCCUACCAGAAACACUACUGGUACACUUUUACGGUUAAAAGGUCAAAUAAAAUGCCUUCUAUUAUAAGGCAAAAUGUGAAACAAGUAAGGCUGACCAUAUGUGGAAAUAAAUCAAAAGUGACGAAAGCCUUGUUGCCCAGAUGUCUCUAAACUAAUUAACACCUAACUCAUACUAACACCUAAUGAUUAAACACUAUUUGGUGUUUUCUAUGGACCACAAUUAUUAUCUUGUAUUUUUGAAAAUAUUGUGAAAAUGUGGUAUUAUGAUCAAAAUUAAGGCUAUUUCCUUUUGCACAGAAGAGGUGAAUGUAGGAACAUUUUGACUUAUAGCACUGUGUAUUUGUGCCUUUUUCUAUUGUAUUCAGAUGUUCUUAUAUUGAUAAAGGCUGUGCAGAUAGAAAGCAUAAACAAAGCAUUGCAUAGAUGGACUUUCAGCGUGUUUCGCUUCUGGUAAAGCUUACAUUGAUGCCUCUGUGGCUGAAACUGCUAUUAGUGCUGAGAGAAUAGACUACAAUGUUUAUGGCUACUCAUUUUCCAUAUUAGCUCAAGCACAUGCUUGGUGGUUACGUUCAUUUUAAAGAAUUUGAGCAAAAUCAAGUGGUAGCUAUUAGUCAGGUUGUCACUUUAGAAAAGGGUGUUAAUACAUUCAUGUGCCUCUUUUGACCUUCCAGAGCACAGAGCGAAUGUUAGUGAAAGAAAAUGAACUUUUAUGUAAAAAUUGCACCUUCAGUCUUUAAGGCUGUAAUGUUUUAUGGUUUGUGGAGUAAGUAAUCAUAGGAUUUUAAAAUCGAUCCGUAAUUUGCUGUAAAUAAAAAUAGAUGUUCAGUCUUUGUAUUAGUGGUUGUUUAUGGAUACUGUUAAGAGUUAAUAUUAUAUUAUGGUCUUGUCCUAGUAUUUUGUGAGAAGUGUUGUCUUCUGUCAUGUGUUUGAUGCUGUACUGAGAGGAGUCCUUAAAUACUCUUAAGUAUAACCAUUAAGAUUUAAAAGCUGCUUUUAUAAACACAUUCCAACCUGUAAAUAAGCUAUCUUACUGUAGAUUUUUGCAUUUUAUUUAUGCCAUCUUUUAUUUGACCAUAGUAAUGCCUUUUAUGGUAAUGCUUGGUAUGGUAAUAUGGUAAUGCUUUUAUGCUAAAUAUUGCCCCUAUAUGAAAUCUUGUUUGAUUGGAUUAACUCGAAGGGACUGAAUAUGGAAAAUCAUAACCUAACCCCUUACUGAAGACUGCACAUUAAUCUAAAACAAAAUGGACACAUUUAAGUUUAUAAAUUAUUGUACUUUUAUUUUUUCAAAUUAUUGAAAUUGUGUAAUUUUUUUUAUUUUUAUUUUUUUACAUGAAUCUUAAAACAUGAGUGUUUAUGCAACAGUUCUGUUACAUCAUUUCUAGUAUAAUCAAAAUAUACUAGGGAUAUCAGAAAUUCAAAACCAGUUUAAACUUUCAGUUUACACAUUAUUUGUCACAAAAAAGAUGACCUUAAAUGUAUGUACAUAUCAUGUGUUAACUGUAACAGUAGUCAUAGAUGACUGUUCCUUUAAAUUAAUUGAAUCACAAAUCACAAUGAUUUUUUUUUUCUUCAGAUCUAGAGAUGCCAAAAGUGAAGGAAUUAAUGUGAGUUUGUGUAAUGGCUAUUAAUCGCACAUUGUUAGAACACUCCUUUUUUGUACUGGUUUAAAAAAAUUAGGUAAAUAAAAUCAUGAAGAAUA